UUGGCCCCUCCCUCACUCCACGUUCCCUUGCUACCCACGUUUUCUAGAAGUACAUAAUCUCCCAUCUCAUACUACCAUUCCUGUUUUUUUCUUCUCUCUAAUUUCUAAAAUAUGUAUAACUAAAAUCCCCUGAUUACGCCACGUCACGCACUCACCGCCGAGAUUGCUCACGUGUCCAAAUCGAGUCUCGCAGAAAUUCACUUCCUCCUUUGAAUUUUGAAUCCUUCGUCACUAAGAAAAUUUAGAAAAAAAGGAAAAUACCAGUCCCAUUUCCUCCUCCCUUAUAUAUAUUGAUGCACCCAACUUUUCCACGGGAGCGAAACUCCAUUUCUCCCCUUGAGGCACCCGGGGAUCAAAUCUUAAAAUCAACCGGUUUUCUUCGACUUCCCUGUCAGCCUCCGCCAUGUUCGACGAUGAACCAGUCAAUCGAAAUCCCCAGCAUUCAAUCCCAGCCCUUGAUUUAGAUCGCCUUGAAAUAGUUACGGCUCUAGGAAGAGGAGCGAAAGGAGUGGUGUUUCUUGCCAGAGAUGAAGUGAAAGAUGAGAUUUUCGCUUUAAAAGUAAUAUCUCGAGAUUCGAUCGAGAAGAAGAGUAAUAAAGGAGUAAGGAGUAGUGAUGGAAAUGAAGGAAACGAGUACAGAAGAGUUAGUUUUGAACAGCAAGUGUUGAAGAAUUUUAACCACCCGCUUUUACCGCGAUUACGAGGAGUUUUGGCUACGGAUAAAGUCGUGGGUUAUGCCAUCGAUUAUUGUCCCGGUCGUGAUCUUAGUUCUUUGAGAAAGAAACAAACUGAGAAAAUGUUCUCCGACGAUGUUAUAAGGUUUUAUGCAGCGGAAUUGGUUCUCGCUUUGGAGUAUCUUCAUAAUUUAGGCAUUGUUUAUAGAGAUUUGAAGCCUGAGAAUAUCAUGAUCCAAGAAAAUGGCCACAUAAUGCUUGUCGAUUUCGAUCUUUCCACGAAGCUUCCUCCAAGAUCAACUAAAAGUUCAACGCAUCUCAACUCGGUCACUGAAAGGCCGCCGGACUCAGUCAAGAAAAGGCGAUUCUCUCCGUUUCAGAGGUACUGCAACUCAGGAAUCACGCCCGACGACUCGGCCUCCCAAGCCGGCGUCAACUCGGAGCAUACUGAGUCUGACUCGGUAGAGAAAUCAAACUCGUUCGUCGGAACAGAGGAGUACGUGGCGCCAGAAAUCAUAUCAGGAGACGGUCACGAUUUCGCCGUGGAUUGGUGGUCCCUCGGGAUCGUUCUUCACGAAAUGCUGUACGGAACGACGCCGUUUAGAGGUUCAAAUAGAAAGGAAACGUUUUAUCGCAUUUUAACGAAAUCGCCCGACCUUGUGGGCGAACCGACGUCGUUGAGGAAUUUAAUAAGGUUGUUUCUAGAAAAGGAUCCAAAACAGAGGAUCACGCUGGAGAGUGUCAAGGGACACGAUUUUUUCAAGGGGAUCGAUUGGGAAUUGAUUCUGCGAAUCGGGCGGCCACCGUAUAUUCCCCCACAAUCAGGGAAUGAGAUUUGGAAGGAGGGCGCGGAAGGAUUUAACAAAAUCGAUGUGGAGUUAUUUGUGCAAGGAAUAUAUGCAAAUGGUGAGGCUGGUGGGAAGAGCAAAGGUAAACAUGAUGAGAGUCAUGAUAAUAAUAAUAAUAAUAAUUUGGAGAAUGUAAACAAAAACGGUUGGCUUAAAGGGCAAAAUCAUCAUCCUUGUGAAGCUAAUCAAUUUGCUGUUUUCUAACUUUAUAAUAAUAAUAAUAAUAGUUGUUAUUGAUUUUUUUUAUUUA